UAAUAAUUUAUAGUAAUGUUAAAUUUAGUUAUAAUUAGCAUCUAAAAUAAGAGAAAAUCAGGGGGAGUGGUUUUGAGAAUGGAGACGGUAAUGGAAGAUGAAGAAUACAACUACAGAGAAGUGAAACUUCCGUCUCUGCUUCCGGUGGCGCCGGAGCCGGAGUUGGAGAGGGAAACCGGGGAAAGGAGAAGAGGAAGGGACAUAAUCAUAGCCAUAGAUCAUGGCCUCAACAGCAAACACGCUUUCGAUUGGGCUCUCGUUCAUUUUUGUAGGCUCGCUGAUACUAUCCAUCUCGUUCACGUCGUUUCCGAUUUGAAGAUGAAUGAUUAUUAUGAGAUAAGCCAGGGGCUGAUGGAGAAAUUGGCUGUUGAGGCUUUUCAAGUAGCAAUGGUGAAAACUGUAGCGAGGAUUGUGGAAGGUGAUCCAGGAAAAAUAAUUUGCCAGGAAGCAGAGAGGAUCAAACCUGCAGCCGUAAUUUUGGGGACCAGAGGCAGAGGCUUCUUGCAAAGUGUGCUACAGGGAAGUGUUGGGGUGUACUGCUUGCACCACUGUAAAGCAGCACCUAUUGUGAUUGUUCCUGGUAAAGAUGCUGGAGACGAGUCAAUAGUCUAGUUACCAGUGGAAUUAACUUGUAAAAUACUUGUUAUGUAUAUCGUCUUUCGUUUACCCUGUAUCUAUAGGUGUGGAGAUUGUUAUCUUUCUUUUUCUUCCUAUCCUUGUUUUAAUAAAUCAGAUUUCAAUCGUUCCAAUUUUCUUGA